UCAUGAAUCUCCUCCUUUACUGUCCCUACCCAGGGCUCCAUGGAAUUGCGGGCGGGAAGAAGCCAGGACUGUGUUCCCUUUGUUUAAAGUCUCCAGAUCCCGACAGGACGAGCUCGCACAUGAUCUCCGCGGACGAUGCCGAGUACCCGCGCGAGUACCGCACCCUGGGCAACGGCACCCGGCGCUUCUCCAACGUGGGGCUGGUGCACACCUCGGAGCGCCGGCACACCGUGAUCGCCGCCCAGAGCCUGGAGGCGCUCACCGGCCUCCAGAAGACGGAGAUGGAGCGCAAGCGGGACGCCUUCAUGGACACCAGGAGCUCCCGGCACUCCCAGGGCUCCCAGCCUGGCCUGGCCGACCAAGCCAAGCUCUCCUUCGCCUCGGCCGAGUCCCUGGAGACCAUGUCGGAGGCGGAGCUGCCGCUGGCCUUCAACAGGAUGAACCGGUUCCGGCAGAGCCUGCCCCUGUCCCGCUCGGCCAGCCAGACCAAGCUGCGCUCCCCAGGGGUGCUGUUCCUGCAGUUUGGGGAUGAGACGAGGCGUGUGCACAUCACGCACGAGAUCAGCAGCAUGGACACCCUGCACGCCCUCAUCGUGCACAUGUUCCCGCAGAAGCUCACCAUGGGCAUGCUCAAGUCCCCCAACACUGCCAUCCUCAUCAAGGACGAGUCCCGCAACGUCUUCUACGAGCUGGAGGAUGUCCGAGACAUCCAGGACAGAAGCAUCAUUAAAAUCUACCGGAAAGAGCCGCUCUACGCCUCGUUCCCAGCCUCACACAUCACCAACGGCGACCUGAGGCGGGACAUGGUCUACACCUCCCNGAUGAGUUUUGGGACUGCGUCCUCCCUUCCUUGGGAGCGGAUGGAGGCCAUGGAGAAGCAGAUCGCCAGCCUGACGGGGCUGGUGCAGAGCGCGCUGCUCCGCGGCUCCGAGGCUGAGACCCCCAGCUGGCAACGGGCGCCCCCCGCUCCUNCCAUCACCCGCCUGCACAUGCAGCUGCACCUGCACGACCUGCAGCAGAACGCCAGCGACCUCCGCAACCAGCUGCAGCAGCUCAAGAAGCUGCAGCUGCAGAACCAGGAGACGGUGAAGUCGCUGCUGCGGCGGACGGAGACGGAGCUGAGCGUGCGGGUGACGGACACGAUGCGCAAGCACGAGGACCCUCUGCAGCGCCAGCGCAGCUUGGUGGAGGAGGAGCGGCUGCGCUACCUCAACGAGGAGGAGCUCAUCACCCAGCAGCUCAAUGACCUGGAGAAGUCCGUGGAGAAGAUCCAGAAGGAUCUGGCGCACAACCACCGGCUGAUCCCGGCGCAGGAGCUGGAGGAGAAGGCCGUGGUGCUCAAGCAGCUGGGGGAGACCCUGACGGACCUGAAGGCCCAGUUCCCCAGCCUGCAGAGCAAGAUGCGGGUGGUGCUGCGGGUGGAGGUGGAGGCCGUCAAGUUCCUCAAGGAGGAGCCCAACCGCCUGGACGGGCUCCUCAAGCGCUGCAAGACCGUCACCGACACGCUGGCCCAGAUCCGCAGACAAGUGGAGGAGGGCGUGUGGAGCUCGCCCAGCAGCCUGAGCCAGUCGCCAAAGAAGGUGGCCCCGGAGACGGAUUUCAGCAAAGGGCUGGAGCUGGAGAUGCCCACCAGCCCUCCCGUGAGCUUGCACCACCUGACGGGCACCCCCGAGCCCCUGGGCUUCGCCCCCCAGCCCCAGAGCCACCCUGGCAAGAGCAAUAACCCCUCACGGGCCCCGGAGAUGGUGCCCGCCAAGACGCAGACGGGGCCCGAGACCCCCAGCAAGAAGAGCGCGGACAAAGCCGUGUCUGUGGAG